AGUAGGAACUAAGUCAAGCAAAUAUCAAAUCAUCCCAAAAAUGGAUACGCUUCAGCUUCUUCUACUCUCUCUUCUCUCCCUUUUCUUUAUUUCCUUCUUAAUGACGUCUCUGAUUCCUCGGAGGAACAAGAAACGUAUGGCGCCUAUGGCCCCCGGAGCAUGGCCGGUUAUAGGCCAUUUGGCGGUCUUUGACAACGGACAACCGACCCACGUUACGUUCGGGAAUAUGGCCGACGUGCACGGACCCGUCUUCAUGACGAAGCUUGGCUCUGUUAACGUCCUGAUCAUAAACAGCCAAGAAGUCGCCAAAGAGAUCUACACUGUCCACGACAAGCUCUUAAACCGGCCUGUCCCCACUACUGCGUCUACACUUAUGGGCUACAAUGGCUCCUUCUUUUCAUUUAGCCCUGAACGUUCUUACUGGAGAGAGAUCCGCAGGAUAGCAAUAUCCGAGAUGCUGUCCACCGCGGUCGUCGAUAUGCAGCAUAGUAGAGCUAGAGAGGUUGACGUGGCGUUCAGAGAUUUUUACCAGAAAUGGGAGCAAAAGGGUGAACCUGAAAAAGGAGUCUUGGUGGAUAUGAAGCAAGAGUUACAUGAUCUAACACAGAACAUAUCGCUGAUGAUGAUCGCGGGGAAGAGAUACUUCGGAGAAAGCCCUAACUGCGAGAUUGAAGAGGCCAGGAGAUGUAGCAAGCUGAUACGAGACUUUUUUGAUUACUUUGGGGUCUUCUUGUUCUCGGAUCUUGUACCGUUUCUUGGUUGGUUGGACUGGAAGGUGAAGAAGGCCAUGAAGAGAACGGGUAGUGAGUUAGAUAAAAUUCUUGACGCUUGGGUCGAAGAACAUAAGAUAAAGAGGAAGGAUUGUGGUAGUGCCAUUGAAAAGAACUUCUUGGAUCGACUCAUUGAUAUCUUUGCACAACACAAGAAUCCGGGACUUGAUGAUGCUCAUACAACAACCAAGGCCAUAUGCCUAAACUUGGUAUUGUCAGGGCCUGAGGCAGCCAUUGUGGUUCUAGUUUGGGCUGUUUCGUUACUCGUGAACAACCCGCACGUGUUGAGGAAAGCUCAGGAGGAGCUCAACCGUACAAUAGGCAAGGACAGAGUUGUGGAAGAAUCCGACCUCAAGGAUUUGGUUUACCUCCAAGCAAUUUUCAAGGAGACAUUCCGUUUAUACCCACCAGUCGCUCUCACUGCUUAUAGGACUGUGAUAGAAGAUUUCGACAUCGCCAAUGGAAACUUUCACGUUCCAGCAGGGACACAGUUGCUUGUAAAUGCCUGGAAAAUUCAUAGAGAUCCGAAUAUGUGGUCCAACCCUGAAAAGUUUGAGCCAGAAAGGUUCUUGACAUCAAAUAAAGAAGUGGAUGUUGGUAAGCAGAAUUACAAGCUGCUUCCAUUUGGAUUGGGAAGAAAGGCGUGCCCUGCGGUCCCCCUUGGUAUGCGGAUGGUGCAAUAUAUCCUAGCAAGGUUCUUGCAUAGCUUUGAUGUGGUAAGACCAUCAAGCGAAUAUGUGGAUAUGACCGGGAGCAAUGGGUUGGUCAAUCUGAAAGCCACUCCUCUUGAAGUCUUCAUCACUCCCAGGCUUCAUAAAUCUCUCUACCAUGUGGAUCACAAGGCUUGAGUAUUACCAUGUCAAUGUUAUUUGUGUAAGCCUAGCGCUGCAUUAUGACUAUCUUAUCUACCUAUAAAUAAUAAAUCUUUGG